AUGGUUGCUGGCAACCCGGUGUCGCAAAGCCACUUUUUUUUUUAUUUUGCAUACGGGAGUAACUUAUUGGAAGAGCGUCUUCACGUACAGAUCAAGGAUGCGGUAUUCGAAUGCACUGGCCGCUUGAGUAAUUAUAAACUUUGCUUUUAUGAUGACAGCAGUCGAUGGCAUGGAGCUCUAGCAUCAGUUGAAGAAGUUCCUGGUGAAGAAGUGUGGGGCUGUGUGUGGCGUGUGCCGAAUAGUUUUGCUGACGAAUUAGAUCUCCAAGAGAAUGUGUACAAACGGCUACAAGUUAAUAUUGAUGUUGCUGAUUCAGUCAUUUCCUGCCGCACGUAUCAGUAUUUACUGGAUAGUAGGAAACCAGCUUUGCCGUCACCUCACUACAAACAUGUUAUUGUGUCUGGAGCCAUUGAGCAUUCGCUGCCUCCUUCUUACGUUGCAAAGCUUAAGGAGGUUAAAGACAACGGGUACACCGGUUCAGUUUUGGUGAAUCUUCAAGCGUUAAAAAACUUGCCUUGUAAAUAA